UUCACCCAGGCUUGUUCCUGGACACACUUUUCAUUUGGCUACAGCAGCUGGGGGAUUACUUUACGUAUUUCAUUUUUAUUUUUUCAAUUUUGGGAGCAGCUUCAAACCUCCUCUUCCCCCACCUGUCUCAGACCUGCUGUGAUUGCCUGGCCCCCACAGGUGGACUAUGCCCCCCUCAGCCAGCUGAGGGAGUGGGCUCUAUCUGCUCGGACUCCCAUCUGUAGUGGGCUAGAGCUGAAAACCAAAGAGGAGCCAUUUUUGGUUACUCCUGAAGAUGACGGCAUCUGUCUCAACGGCGCCCAACACUGCAGCUGCUCCCAACACAACCUCAGUCACCAAGUCUCAGGAACAAAUCCUCAUACAGAGUUCUGGAGCCAUGAUCGCUGUCAUCGUCAUCGGCAUCAUCAUCAUUCUUACACUUCUACUCAUCGUUCUGAAGACGUACAACAGGCGGACACAUGCGUCCAGACUCCUAGGAGGCAGUUCCAAACCUCGAGGCAAACAGUCCCAGUCCACAGUUCAGGGCAGCAUGCCUCUGAACCCCGUCGGCUCCYUGUCGGGCAGCAUCACCAACUCCAACCCAACCUCCGAGGCCCGAGUGGAGCUCAGCAGCGCCGAGGGCAAUCACUUGGAGCAGUUCAGCACCACCAGCGACUACAGCGGGUCCACUGUGGUCACCAUCCACGACACACCCUUGUCUGGAAACACAUAACACACACACACACACACACACACACACACACAUACACAAACACACACACACAGAAACUGAAAUUGACGGAUGAGUUAUUUUCAUCCCUGACAAUAAACUGUGCUGACUGAAUCCUGCAGGAGUCUUUGAUGUUGUUGCUGUCAACAUCAGCUGACUGGAUUACAAAAAUAUGCAUCCUGAACAAAGUGGAAUGACUUACAGGCAUUAUGUGAAGGAUAACGCUAAAACAAUAUUUUUAAGUACUGUUUUUUUUUUCUUUUUUUGCUCAGUGGAAGAGGGUUAGAUACACGGUGUAAAUUACCAUUAUUAGAAUUCUAAAAUUAAAGUUAGAAUUUCUGAGAAAAAAAAACUGAGUUCUGAAAAACACGUUUUUGCACAGCGGCCUUAAUACUUUUCCAAAGGGUUCAGAGUAAACUCCACAUACAAAGUWAGCAGCCUAUCAGUGAAGCCUCAAAUUGCUUUACAAUGUUAAAGUAUGUGUUCUCAAACAUAGUUCUGGCUGCAGUG